UCUUAAUUAGAGAACUUGAUUGUUCUACACCGCCCAUUCGGGUAUGUGGACUUUCAGAUCUCAUUAAGAUGUGUUAACUGCUUUUAUACUUUGAAAUUUUAUAUAACACGUAGAAAUGCUGAUGAUUAGUGUCAAUACCUUAGAUCAUAGCUAAGUAGUGAUACUCAUGCAAUGUAGAGAUGGCCACCAAAGCGUUAAUCGCUGAACAACUGAAAGGACAACAUUUCGAUGGCAACAACUACGAAGACUGGUCCCACGCGGUGCGAUGCCUUUUGGACGAGGACGACAUAUCUCACACACUCGAUGUAGUUCAAGAGGAACCCAUCCUAGCUGAAAACGAAAAUUUACAAGAACAUAGGGUUGCGAUGACUCGCUAUAAUAAGUGGCGAAAACAAAAUCGUUCAGCCCGUAAUGUCCUUCUUAGCACUAUGCACAAAGAACUCAUACCUACGUAUGAAGUGCAUGAAACCGCUAAGGGAAUCUGGGAAGCACUGACAGAUGCCUACGCGCAGAAGUCAGAUGCGAGAGUUAGGGCAAUGGAAUUAGAAUUCCAGGAGUACAGGAUGCCUGUCGGCUGCCCCAUCAAAGAUCAUAUUCGUAAGAUGGAGCAAAUGAUAGGUGCCCUUAGGAAUGUUGGUUUGCAAGUUAUUGAAAUCUAUCUAUGGGCUGAAGCAAUCUUCAAGACAAUGGUACAUGAGGUUCCACUUGGCCAUCACUACUUUUGGAUUCACGAUGAGUGAAGAAGAUCAUUGUGUAUACAUGAAACGGUCUGGAAGAUCUUUUCUGAUACUAUCUCUAUAUGUAGACGAUAUCCUGUUAGCUGGUAAUGACAUGCAAUUGUUGAUAUCGACUAAAGAUUGGCUAUUCUCGAACUUUGAGAUGAAAGACCUCGAUG